GGUAGGUCGCUCGCUCGCGGCGCGCGCGCCCCCCCUCCGAUCCCGAUCUCCGCCGCGCCCCCACCUUCCCUCCCCUCCACGCCGACGCGAUGGCCCGCGCGUCCUCCUCCGCCGCGGCCGCCUUCCUAUGGGCGCUCGCGUCCCUCCUGGCCACCGCGGCCUCGGGCGCGCGGCUCACGGUCCGCGCCGGCGGGGGCGCGCCGGCCACCGCGGUGUUCGCGCUGGGCAGCUUCUGGCGCUCCGAGGCGGUCUUCGGGUGCCUCCACGGCGUGCUCCGCACCUCCGUCGGCUACGCCGGCGGCUCCAAGGCCAACCCCGAGUACCGCAACCUCGCCGACCACGCCGAGUGCGUCAAGGUCGAAUAUGAUCCCCGUCAGAUUCAGUACAAGCAGCUUUUGGAUGUGUUCUGGGCAAGCCACGAUCCACGGGAGGUCUUCGGACAAGGACCGGAUGUUGGCAACCAAUAUAGAUCCGUCAUUUUCACAAAUGGAACGCUCGAGGCUAGAUUGGCUGCUCUUACCAAAGAAAGAGAACAAGCCAAGGACCGCAGCAGCGUUAUUACCACAAAGAUCCAACCACUGGGAGCAUUUUAUCCUGCUGAACCAGAACAUCAGAAAUUUGAGCUGAAGCGCAAGCCUUUCCUGGUGCAACUGAUCGGGAACCUGCCAGAAGAGGAGCUCCUGUCAUCCACACUGGCUGCGAAGCUGAAUGCGUAUGCAGCCGAGCUCUGCCCUCCAAAGGCCCAGAAGAAGAUAAGCUCCAAGAUUGAUGAGAUUGCCAAGAAAGGUUGGCCCAUCCUACACGACAUUUAGCUAGCCCAUUCUGGUCCCGGUUCUCAUCAAACUGUAAUCCAUCAAGUUGUAAUCCAACAUAGAAACAAGAGAGUUCUGCAUGAUUUUGCCGAAAAGUUUCUGUAGGAAUGUUUCAGCAGCCUGCUGACAGCAGCGAUUCAUUGUUCACUUGGUCACGGUGAUUCAUCACAUCGUUUAUAGAUAGCAUCAAUCAUCUGUCGGUUUGGGGUUUUUCUCCGUCCGUUUGCUGUACCCAUGUUUAUCUCUUCUGGGCUUGCUGUACUCAUGUUUUAUCCUGUUCUGGGCUUGCUGGACAUGUAGUGAAGUUGUAAGAUGUAACUUUUGGUUGAUUCAAUUGUGAAAAAUAUAUAGAAGCAUUCUUAUUCACAAA